UCUUUUCAUAUAAUAUAAAAAACUUGCAAAACCCAAUCUUUCUUCACUUCCAUUUCUCCCUAUCAAUACUGGAGAUUUUGUUUUUAUUUUAUUUCCAUCAAUUAAUAUUAUCUACCAAUAUAUAUAUAUGUCAAGAGCUAAAAUGUAUUCUUCUGUUAACGCUAACGAGAAAUCGAGUUUUGCAAGGACUUGCAAUCGGUUAGGCAUGUUUCUGAAAGAGAAAGGCAGCCUUAUAGAUCUUGGACUCAAUCCAAAUUUUGAUGCUAUAGAAAAACGGGAGACUACUGUUGAUUUGUUAAGUAACAUGGAAAUUAGUCCGGUCCAGACAUCGACGAAAACCGAGAAAACAUUAAAUCCUCUUCCUCAAUAUGUUAGCUCAGAUUCCUUGUUUGAAAGAGUCGUCGACGGUUUAACAAAUAAAAGUAGCGACAACAAUGAAUCGGGGACUAAGACCGCACCGAUGACUAUUUUCUAUGGGGGACAAGUAUUAGUGUUUGAUGAUAUUUCGGAUGAUAAAGCGAGAGAUGUAAUGUUGCUAGCGACUUCUGGUGGUUCUAUUAUUUCUAGUAAAAAUCGAAUUCAAAACCAAUCAACUUCACCUUCAAAUUAUUCAACGUCAUGCGACAUUUUUGGAUCGCCCGAUCAGCUAAAUACUAUUCCAAGACUAGAAGAAGGACUGGAUUUGCCGAUAGCUAGAAGAGCGUCACUUCACAAGUUUUUGGCAAGGAGAAAGGACAGGGCAACCGUAAGACCGACGCCAUACCAAUCACGAAACACGUCAAAGGAGGCUUCGUCUUCGACUCAUCAUAAAUUUGAUCUUAAUUUUUAGUCAUGUUUAUCAACUAGUAUUAUACUCGUAUAUAUAAUUAUAUUAUAUUAUAUAUAUGGUAACGGCUUGUUGUGUUAAUUAGUUUUGGUUUUGAUGUUUAUUCAUUGAUAUACACUGGUUUUGUUUAAA